AUGAAGAAACAAGUUUACAAGAUUCGUUAUUAUUCCUCACCCUGUCAGCCUAACGACGAUUAUGUCAUUGUUUCCUGUUAUGCAAAUCCAUCAGAAGAAGAAACUGAUUACAUAGCGCGGGCCGUAAUCGUUACCACUCAAGUCAACAUAUUGCGGCAGAUUACGUUUGAGCCAAUUGAACCAAACCAGGAAGACAGGGUGGCCCUCAGAAAGAAUCUUCAAGCUAUUGAAGACAUGUUUACAGGACCAGCCACAAAGAUUAUCCUGCAAACCAAGACCAGAUUCUGGGAAGAAGAGAAGUACGGCAUCAAAGGUGGCUUUUCUAAGACCAACCUACCCAUCGGUCAAAUACAUUACGUAAAGCCGGAUGUCGAUUCCACCAAGCAAGGAAUAAUUCUGAUUUACACCUGGAAAAAUGAAGCACUACUUUUUGGUUCCUUGACGAAAGAUCAGGCAAAAAAGGAAGUCAUUGAGCAAGUUGAGAAAUCCACCCUGAGAUCAAAGAAGAAGGGGCAGUUUAAAAAAUGUAUUGUCCAUGCUUGGUACAACCAACCCUCUUAUCAAGGUGCCUAUGGACUCUUGAAGACCACUCAAUACAACAAUAUCAGAUAUUUGUGGGAACCAAUGGGUAAUGUGCAUUUUGCUGGCGAUAACAUAUCAUUUACCGCUGGCUGGAUUCAAGGAGCUUUGGAAAGUGGUUUUAAAUCAGCUUAUCAAGUUUACGCACGUCACAUGAAAAGAGUUAAAUGAGAUGGGAAAGAUUACAUUUAAUCGCAUUUUGCUAAAAAUCCAAGUAGAAAAACUGCAUAGCAUAAUAUCAUGAUAUUUGUUUAUUUU